UAAUGCAACGAACUAACAAUUUAGUUGUAAAAUGUAGUAAUGACUUUUAUUACUUAUAUCGGAUAUAUUAUUUAGUAUUUUAAUGUGAUACCAGACUUCACAGAAAAACAUAACUUUUAAGUUUAACAAAAAAUAGCGCUUAAGCUUAAUAAUGUAUAGGAUAAUAAUUUAAGGUUACUUUGAACGUAAGAAUAAUAGUAGAAAUGGAUUCCCGUAAGAGCCUCGAUUAUUCUAAUGUGGCGGGAACAGGGUCUCCAGACAAUGAUAUUCCUCUUCCGGAAGAUACAGCAAAUCCUGCAUUGUCUAAACCAAUUCCAAAGAUGCAGCCAUCUACUAAGGGUGUCGAGAAUGCAAAGAAGAGGCUGAGGGCAUUUUCAAUACAGAAAAAAGCCCCAAUCACUCCUCUCGUGGUCCCAAAAGCUACUGGAAGUGGUAAUACAACAGUAUUAAUCGGGAAGUUAAGUGGUGUCAAAGCUAUACCGAAACCUGAACUGGAUCCAGAACAAAAGAAAUUACCAAAACCCCCUAAACCUGGAACAGCUAGGAAAUCAUUUCAAGAUUCAUACACUGAUUUACAAAAGAGAACUUUAGCUGAAAUAGAAGACAUGAAGCGGAAAAUGGAACUAGUUGAUCUGGGAAUUCCUCUCGGUUUGAUCUGUCCAUCGUCUACCAGUGAAAAAGCCAUGCCGACUAAAGCUAUGCCGCCAAUAAAAUCCUUUUUAGACCCGUCCAAAGUCGAUGAAUUGAUCCGUGAAGCAAAAAAAGCAAGGCAAGAAGGCAAAGAAUUUAAAUUUGAUUAUCAGAAACUAUUGCCGGAUUACGACAAUCCGUUUCAAAGGAAAAAAGACGAAUCCUCACACGAUAAGGAUAGAAAGUCUGACAGACGUAAAAGUGAUAUCGACAAAGAUAGAAAAAAAAGUGAUAAAUAUGAAUCCAGAAGGAGCGAAUAUAGGAAGGACGAUAAAUAUAAAGAGAGAAGUGAAAAGUCCCGCGAUAAAGCUAGAAAAACAGAAGAUAAGACACAACCAAGCAAAACAGAGAAAGAAACUGAUGUAAAUCUAAAAGAUUAUUUGAUAUGUGACAGCUGGUCCAUAGACAAUGAGGAUAAAAACAGUUCGUCCAGCCCCAAAGCUAACGAGAAAACGGUAGUAGCAAAAGUUACUGAACCCACCGAACAAUUGAAAGCUAGUGUUGCCAAACAAAAGGACAUACUUAAGUCCAUUUCUCUAGAUAGUCCAAGACCAACGAAGAUUGAAAAAUUGCAGCCCGUCAUGGACACUUUCAAAUACGAAAUAGAUCCCAACGAAGACGAAAUUAUAGAUAUAUUCGAUAAAGAUUCCGGUAUAGAAAAAUACGCGCAACAGACUAAAGUGAAAAAAUUAACGUUAUACGACUCACCGGACAAGUUUGAUGAGAACCCGUCCAAAGAAGCUGAUGAAAAUAUUGACGACACUUUCUUGGAGUCAGUUCUGAACGAACUCAAACAGGAAGGUCUGAAUGAAGACGAGAGUCAGGAUAAGGGUUUGGUGGAGUAUGAAAUGUCACCCAAAGAUAACACCAAGAAGAAACAAGAAGGGUCAGUGACCCCCGAAUUAAUUGAGAAACGGGAAGCAAGUCAAACGAGCGAUUACUCCGACGACUUCAGAUCGGAGUGCUUCAAAACACCCGACACCAGUGAAAGUGGAUAUAAAUCUGAUGGUUUUAGAUUGUCCAUAGAGAAAGAAUUGGAUGAUGCUUUGGAAGCUAAAAUGUCGAGAUCCACCGUGGAUUCCCUUGACACCUGGAACUUCGUCUUGAGGAUAUGUCAGCCGCUUCUGUUUCGCCAUGACAAAAAUAAAUGCUACAAGGAAACCAGGGCCGCUCCCAAGAUCUGGUACACAGUGAAUCCCCGGUCCUGCGCCUGUGUCAAAGACAGGAAAUUAGUUUACGAGGAACUUGAGAGGUGCAAAACGAAACUAGUCGACAGAGUUUACGGAUGUGACCAAAUUCCAGAAUCUCGUUUCCCUCAAGCUCGUACGUGGUACCCGUCCCAGGGUCUGAUACCGGAAGCGAGUCCGCUGCCCCUGUCUAACGAGUGGGAGGCUGAAGACAGUCAACCGCGGCCUGAGAGGGACCUCACACCAGAGAGGGAAGACCUCAGUCUGGAUAGAGAAUAUCAGAGAUUUAUGAAGGCGGUGUGGCCGGAUGCGGCGGAUAAUGUGAACACUUCCAGAAGCACGACUCCCGUCCGUCAAGAAGCUAGGAAGAAGAAAGUUGAUAAGGAAGCAGAAGACAAAAAGGUUAAAAAGAUUAAAUUGAGCAGCGAGGGCUGGAGCCAAGAAUCUGAUAUAGAAGAGGAAAAUGACAAGAGGAAACAAGCGAAGGAAAAAACAAAGAUCCGUAAGAGAAAACACUCCACGUCCUCAUCAUCGAGUUCAUCCAGAGACGACGACGAUCUCAGAAGAGAAAGAAAAAUCCUCAAGAAGAAGGCACUGAAGAAAACUAAGUCAAAAUCAGCAAAACGAAGACGCAUCGGUCGGAGAAUGUUGAAGAAGUUGAAAGAGAAGCAGAAGAAGAAGCGUAGGCUCAGCUCGGACGGUGACAGCGAUUCUCAUAGAAACAAGAGACUGAAAAGGAAGAAGAUGGAAAAGAAAAAGCUGAAAGCUCAGAAGAAGAAGAAGAGAGUUCAAUCCAGCAGUUCCAGCUCAUCGUCCGAUAGCAGCAGCGAUUCAUCGGAAAGUUACAGAAGAUCAAAGAAGAAAAGCAAUCAGAGUGCCAAGAAGAAGAACAGAAAAAGACAAAGGAAACAAUCUUCGUCAGAUUCAAGCCAAAGCGAGACUUUCGAUGUAAACAUAUUGAACAACAUCAAGACGGAGAGGCUGACCGACGACGAGAAAGCUCAGAAACUGAUGGAGUUCCCGCCGAGGAGGCAGAAACCGAGGGAGAUCAUCAACGUUAAGGAACUGCAGAACGAUUUCGUUGAGAAGGUGCACAUCAAGCAGGAGGAAGUGGACAAGGCCAAGGAAGGUCUGGCCGACGUCGGCGGCGACACCGAGACCGACGUCGCCGAAGUUAAAGAAGACGAGAAUGUGGUGGCAUCACCCGCCGCCGUCGAACAAAAUGUCGAACAAAACUCACAGGAGUCUGUCUCUGUAACUAGUGUUAAGGAUGCACCGAUUUAUGAAAAAGAUGAAAGCCAUCUCCGUCCUUCCUCCCAGAACUCGAACUACAGUUUCAAUGACGUCAUCGCCAGCCAAAAUACACUCUAUCCCAAGGGAAUAGAGACGGUCACUGCCUGUGAGGCGAAUGCAGACAAUUAUGACGGCAACAACUAUGAAAUGUACGAGCAGUUGGCUAUGCAGUACCAGAACGAUGUGGCGAGUCAGGAGGCCAGUCCGCAAGUUGAAUGUUCUCAACGAAUAGAAACUGUGGUGCGGGUCCGAUGCGGGGAAAUUAAAUGUGACUGGAGACCUCCCGCGUGUCCGCCGCAACGGUGGACUGACAGACCGUCACGAUGGGGUUUGAAGCCGGGCGAAGUGAACAUAGUACUGACAGGUGGCAGCACUGAGCCACCAGCGCAACCUGAACCCGUGUAUCAUAUACAAAGCUUAGCCAACAGGACCGAUAAUACUGGUUACGACGAGGCCUACAUGGACAUGUACGGGGCUUCGGACAGGUUGCAGUACGGCGAUUGUUUCGCUACCGAGAAUAACGCGAGCAGCAAGAGCGCUAACAUACCGAUAGUGACUAACACGGACAUAAAAACCACAUCCUCCCUAGACGCGCGGAUAGACAAGGCUUUGAGGGAGACCGUUCUAGGUGAGGUCGCGAAGGAAUUGGAAGUCGAUACGGAGAAAGAAGCGCCCGAGAAGGGAAUAUUGAUGACAGUCAUCCCGGAGUCCCGGGGCAGUAAACGUGUUCGUUUCGCUGAUGGAUACACACCGGGACAGGACUCGGAUGUCGAGGAUCCGCCUGUUAAGAAGAAGAAGCGUCGUCGUUACGGCUGCCCGUGGCCGUGCCCAGCGACUCACCCCGACCAUGUGUCCCUUUGGGACGCGCUGCCUCCACCCCCUCCGCCGCCCGGCUCGCCCCCGCCUCCCCCGCGACACACACCCUCCCUCCACCUGCUGAGGACGGCCCGACCACCGCUACUGUUGCCACCAGUGCCACCCCCCCUCGUCAAAUACGAUCCUUCUGUCCCGCUGCCCGGGUUCAUGCCACCCGAACCUCCCCCGGGACUUAUUACUUUACAAUAGAGUAUACUAUAUAUUUUUUGGCGCCUUAAAUGUAAAUAAACUAAAUUUGAAUAAA